AUGCAGGAGUCCCUCAGGAAGCUCAGCGCGGGAUUCUCUGGCCACACAGAUGCAGCGGUACUGGUGAAUGAUUCCUCUACCAUAAAGAAAACUGGACAACUGUGCAAAUGUCCUCCUGAUAUAAAGCAUGAAGGAAGAAUGGAUAAUUCGAGGCAUAUAGAUGUUUGCAGGGAUUUGAUUUCAUCUGUUCUGAGCAACCCUUCAGUUGUGAAAGCAGUUGACGAAGCACUGAAUUGGACUUGUUCAUCAUCCAACGGCAUGGGUGAACAAUAUGAAAGCCUACAACCUCCUAAUGUACCUCACUGUUCUUCAGUGGCUUCUGUGAAUUUAGCCGAUAGAGAACUAACUAAACAUUUAAUAGGAAAACGAUGUGCAGAUGUUCCGCACUUUUCUACAAGGUUAAAUAUGCUACAGUCUUCAAGAAGUUCAGCAAGACUGGCCGCAAAAAGAAUUUUUAAAAAACGAAUUUGUGGCCCAAACAGUUUCACAAAAGAUGUAGUGCUACUUCCUGAUGCUAAUUUUGUUGUGGUUCCAAGACGAGGAACAAAGCAAUGGCUGUUUGACAAUGGUCAUGUGAAGAAUGCAGUGGAAUUUCAAAAGGACUGGGAUGCGAAAAUAAUAAUUGAACAAUUGCGAUUAGUUUUCAGUGAUAAAAUUGAUUCAAGCAUACAAUUUGAAAUUCUCAUGGGUCUACAUAAUAAAGUUGUUAAACCAAACCUAGUGGCUGGACAAACUUUGUCUGGAUUUGUGAUAAACAAAGUAUUUUCUUCCAAGGUGUUGUACCUUAGACCAAACAAAACACUUCUUAAGUCUCCUGAUGAUAUCAUUGAGAAGUGUACAAAAUCCUCCGACAAUGAAACUGAACACAAUGAAGGCAAACAUUGUAUUUAUGAAGAUUCUCAUUAUGAAAUGAAACACAGUGAUUUUGAAAAGCAACUCCAAGAAACAUCUGUUUUCCAAAUGACAAAUAAUGUGGUCAUAGACAGAGUAUCACUGCCUGGUUAUGAAAAUUGUGAAACUACUUUACAAGAUCAGCUGGUGACAGAAACUGAGAAAACGAUCCUUCAGAGUGCAUCUACAAAUGCAUAUUCAACAGUUGCUGUUGGAGAAAAAAGUCAGUCAAGUGAUCCUUAUCACCAGUACAUCAAUAUUUUGGAAGUGACUGAAGAGGAUGACAUAGAAGGGCCCAUUGUCUUCAGUGACAGCUCUAAUGAUUCAUCAGGUGAUAGUUUCCUUCUUGAAGACAUUCUUCAAAAUUUGGCUGAAGUAAUUAGUGAAGAAGAAAGCAGCAUUUUUAACAUUAACAGAUCUUCACUGUGGGAGGGAGCAGUACGUGGAUUUAAGAGAAAUACAUAUUCUCCUAACAAACAUAUGUCCAUUAAGUUUACUGAUGAUGUUGGCCAUUCAGAAGGCGCUGUUGACAUUGGAGGACCUCGCAGAGAAUUCCUGAGACUUUUGAUGAGACAUCUCCAAUCUAGUUCUCUCUUUAUGGGGCCAGAACAUAAAAAAUACUUAGCAGUCAAUAGUACAGCUGUGAGAAGAGAUGACUACUUCAUUGCAGGGAGAGCUAUUGCUGUUUCCCUUGUACAUGGAGGACCACCACCACAGUUUAUAUCAACUGAGUUGUAUGAUGCAUUGGUCAGUGGACCUGAAAAUGUUAAAUGUGAUCUUAAGAACAUUGAGGAUGAAGACAUAAGGACAAAAUUACAAAAAGUAAUUGUUUAA